AACGCCCGAUCCAUUCCCGCGGGAGCCUGAAAAACCGCGGGAAUCGAAGAAGCGGAAGAAGGCGGCGCCCCCCGCGGAACCGGCCCCUCUCCCCGCGGUUGCUCCGCGUCGCGAGUUCCCCGCGGGGCACCGCUCGCUUCCGUUCAGCCAAUCGGUGCCGGGCGUUUCGUCGCUGACGGUUUCGUUCCAGGCGUUUUCCCUCCAACCGGCUCCGCUGAGCGAUGAAACGCCCGACGGGGAAACGGCGACGCUGCUGCAGGCGCUGCGUCCCGCGGGGAAUCUGGCGUGGUCGUGGCUGGGGCAGGGCCGCGUGGUUUUGGCGGGAACGACUUCGCACCACGUGGUGUGCGUUACCCGCGGGGGACUGAUGCAUGUCGUCUCGCUCGAUGGAAUCACCGAAAUCCCCGCGGUGUGCAUCGGAGGCAUUCCCGCGGGACUCGACGUCGCGCGAAAAGGGGAAACCGAGAUAAUCGCGGUUAUGACCACCGACGCGCGACUCCAAGUGUGGAAACUGGGGAACCACAAAGUGGAAACCGUGGAAACCCAGGAUUGCGGAUGGCUGCUGCGCGAAGAAGUUUCCCGCGGGACGAUCGGUCUGGUGGGCGUUUCGCAGGUGCGCGUGACGAUAACCGCGAGAACCGCGGUGAGGAGUUUCAUCCUGGAUUUGGCGGGCCAUUGCUGGUUCGCGGGGGAGCAGCCGCUGCUGGCGUACUCGGCGUUCGCGCGGGAAGUGCCGGCGCGGUCGCUGGCGUCGCCGAUGGCGUCGAACGCGAUGUUUACGACAUUAAUCUCGUUCACCGCGGUGGAGACGGAUUUGUACUUCGCGAGGUUCGUGCAGGGGAAUGCGAGCGAGUACGCGAGGCAGCUGGCCGCUUACGCGCAAUUGAUUAACUCGGCCGAUGAUGUGAGGCGGCUGAAGGCGCUGGCGGGGGAGUUGAAGGGAGAGAAGGACGUUGUGGGGCGCCAUGGAAUGGAUUGGUUCAAAACGGUCGUGGUGCCGAUCGUCAAGGAGAAUCCUCGGUUUUCCGAUUUUCUAGUGGAUUAUAUUUGAAUUUUGUUUGUGAGAAAAGGAAAGAGAGAGAGCAAAAGGAGAUUCUCGCUGUCACAAAAAACAACUAUUUGCGUUUCAGUGUAAGUAGAAAUCGAAGUUUAGAUGGAUGAAACUACGCUCUGGCCUACCGAAGCCGGAGAUUAUGAGCUUUUAGGGUUAAUUGGCCAUGUGAGAUCCAAUCUCGGAAAUCAUUUCGUAGGGAGCAUUUGCGAAAGUUUACAAGGGCAGAUGCAAGGUCAAUAACUGUAUAGUCGCUAUCAAAGUCCUUUCUCUGGAGGACGUGUCUUCUAGCAUAUCAGAUCUAUGGAGAGAAGUUCUAUCUAUGAAACUCUGCAAUCAUCCGAACGUUAUUAAAUGCCAUUGCUGCUUUUGUGUGAAUGAUCAUCUUUGGAUUGUCACUCCUUUCAUGUCAAAGGGCUCUUUGCUCCGAAUUCUACAAUAUCUUAAGCAACUCGGGAAGCUGGAUGGCGGCGAAGGUCUUCCCGAAGACGUCAUAUCUGCAGUUCUGAAACAAGCUGCGCACGGUUUGCAAUAUCUUCACAAUUCAAAUCUUCUCCACCGCGACGUCAAAGCCGGCAACAUUUUAGUUAAUUCCGACGGCUCCGUGUGUUUAGCUGAUCUCGGCGUUUCUCGAAUUAUGGAAGGCGCAAUGAAGAAGGCGCACGCGCGUACGUUCGUCGGAACUCCCUGCUGGAUGGCCCCCGAGGUCAUGUGUCGCUCGGAUUACAAUGCCUCGGCAGACAUCUGGUCGCUGGGCAUCACCGCGAUGGAGCUCUUCAAGGGCUUCCCGCCGUACGCCCAGUACGAGCCGAUGGAGGCGAUCAUUCGGACCUGCCAGGGGGAUCCCCCGUUUUUUACCACGUACGGACCCUCCGCCCACACGCCCUCGCACGCGUUUCACAGCUGGGUGGAGAUGGUGCUGAAGAAGGCGCCGGAGGAGCGGCCGUCGCUGUCGCGGCUGCUGAGCCAUCGCUUUUUGAGUCGGUUCUCGGACGAGCAGUGCCGCGCGAUUCUGCGCGGGUUCGUGGAGCGCAUUCCCGAUCUGGCGAGCGAGGCUGCUGCGGAGAGCGCCGCGCAGAGCCGGCCGGUAGCCCCGAAAUGGAAGUUUUUGUGUGUUUGUGCGAAACAGAAAACAGAAAACAGAGGACGAAGAGGAGAAGAAGAAGAGAAUCGGUUAGACGUCGGACGGGGACACGGACGGAGAGACCGACACGGAGGACGAGACGGGGGGCGAGACGGGGGGCGAGACGGAGGGCGAGGACGGGAUGGGCUGCGGACGCGUCGGCUGGUAGGGCGACGAGCUCUGGCGCCGCUUGAUGCCGGUGGACUCCGCCUGCGGCCGCGUGACGGGCUUGCCUUCGCGCGUGAACUUCUUCCACUCCUCGUUGAUGGAGUCCAUCUGGAAGCGGUUGGAGAAGCGGUCCCAGCCCUCCGUGCUCGCCGCCGUCGAGUUCAGACGCGCGAUCUCCUGCUCCGCCACCUCGCAGAUCGCUUCGUACGCCUCCGGACGCCACAUGCGGUAAUAGACCUUCGGCUCCGCGCCCUCGGCGAGCGGCUCGGUGGCAGCGACGGGCUGAGGCGCUUCGUGGGGCUGGCGGAUGAAGAGCUUGACGAUGUUGGGCUCCUUGAGGAACUUGGCGUAGAACCGCGAAGUGGUGAAAGCGAGGAUGUCCUUCUCGAUGUCCGGAACGGUGGCCAUGCGCUUGAGGAUGCUCAGGAAGACGGAGGCGGUGCUCUGCGGCGAAUCGAUGUCGUCGAGGUUGGAGAGGAUCGAGUGGAAGGCGUAGAAGAGCACGCCGGCGCGAUAGCAGGUGUCGCGCAGCACGUCGUUCUCGAGGAUCACGUUCUUGAGGAUCGACACGACCAGGAAGCUGCUGUCGUUCUGCUUCUCCACGAUGGACGACGCGGCCAGCAGCAGCGCGAUGUACGACCUCUCCUUGGUCUGCUUGUUGUUCCGCAUGAACUCGUCGCGGCCGUAGGGCUUCGUGGAGAUGAACUGCAGCGUGGUGAGCGCGAAGUCCUGCCCCACCGGCACGUUCGAGAAGAUCACGUCCACCAGGAAGCUCACGACCAGCGUGGUAAGCGAGGGGUCGUUCACCACCAGCGUGGUGCGCGUGCCCUCGCUCACCUCGAAUUGGUCCUGCAUGAAGUUCCUCAGGGCGUGCAGCAGAGAGCAGUACUCCUCGCGGUCCUUCUGCACGCCCUUCCGCACGCCGGGCAGACGCUGCUUCGCGUUCUCGAUGAGUCCGGUGAGGAAGGCGGAGGGGUCCAGCGAGCAGAACGGAGAGUUCUUGUACUGCUCGAUGAACACAUCCGCGACGACCAGCUGCGCGUUGAGCGUCACGCGGUAGCUCUGCAUGCGCUUGGCCACCUCGCUGGGCUCGUAGACGUAGACCUGCUCGUUCAGAUGCACUUGGUGCGCCUCGCUCUUGAGGAACGUGAAGAGGUCUCUGCGGACGGCCUCGUUCCAGUAGACCUUCGCCGUCUCUAA